AUGCCUGCAGGAGGUGCCCUAUUUGGAAGUGCUACCGCUGGUCCUGGUUCGACUGGUGGUAACAAACAUCUCAUCGAAGUCAGAGCCGGUAAAAUGAACUUGAAAGGUAGAAUGGUUUAUCCUGACACUCGAAAAGGCCUAAUUUACGUUUACCAAAGCGAUGAUUCCUUAAUGCAUUUCUGCUGGCAGGAUCGUACGACCGGCAUAGUCGAAGACGAUCUAAUUAUAUUCCCCGACGACUGCGAAUACGUACACGUCCCCCAGUGCACCACAGGCAGAGCCUACUUAUUGAAAUUCAAAUCGUCCAACAAGAAAUUCUUCUUCUGGCUACAGGAACCGAAAGUGGACAAAGACGAAGACAACUGCAAACGGAUCAACGAAUUGCUGAACAACCCGUCGAGCGCCGUACAAAACACCCCGAACCCCGAUCAGGAUUUGCAAUCGUUGCUCAACAACAUGUCCCAAUCCCAGCUAAUGCAGCUCUUCGGCAGCGGCGUCGGGCAAAUGGGAGGACUGUCCAGCCUUCUAGGCACCAUUAGAGGUCCGAAUAGCGGUAGCUCUCGCACCAGCAACAGUCUAGCGAUUACUCACAGAACUACUACAACAGCUCCUACGACUCCUACGGCUACUCCACCGGUGACUCAAACGGCUCCUUCGGCUGGUAUCGUGAAUACUCCGGAAGCUCCGAUUCCGGCGGCGGCUCCGGAAGCGCCGAGGAGAAGUAACAGGACUCGAGCGGAUCCGGCCGGUUCGUUCGAACCCAUCCAGUUAUCCGAUUUGCAGAAUUUCCUGUCCGGUAUCAAUUCGACGCCUGCGACGGGAUUGGCGCCGGCGUCUCAGCAAUCCGUUGAUUUAUCGACGGCUUUAACUAGCGAUAGUUUAUCGAGCGUGUUGAACGAUCCGGAGACGUUGCAACAAUUGCAAAGCCACCUUCCGGCUGUGGAUCAGAAUACUCAGGACGCUUUGAGAUCGACGUUGGCUUCGCCUCAGUUUCAACAAGCUGUAUCGCAGUUUUCGAGCGCUUUGGAAUCGGGCCAAUUGGGGCCCAUAAUUUCUCAGUUAUCGGUGAAUUCUGAUGCGGUGAGUGCUGCUACGCAGGGUAAUAUGGCGGAUUUCGUGAAGGCUUUGGAGAAGUCCUCGAGCGAGUCUGAGAAAGAUAAGAAAGACGAGAAGAAGGAUAACAAAAAAGGGGAUGAGAAGAAGGAUGAUGAUCAGAUGCAACUCGAUUAA